UUUUCUCAUGUGAAUAAUUUUUGUUUUGUUUUCUAAUUAAUUAACCGAUCAUUUAUUAAAAGUAUUUAAAUUAAAUAAUUGGAUAUUUUUUAUUCACCACCGUCUCAAGCUGUUUAUUUUUCCGUUGUGUGUGUGUGUAUACUAAAUGUAUACCCUUGUCAAAGAGAUUCACAGUUCAACUACGGUUGAACAUUGUAUAUAUUGUCAUUUCUUUAAUUUGAGUGAGAAAAAUUUAGUUAUCGCUUCUUUUAACCAAUUAAAGGUUUACCGGCUUAUUGGUGAGGAUACAAAUGAAAAUGGAUCUACCUUAGACACUAAUCAAUCAACAAACAUUAAUGGAAAUGGUUUACCUACAACAUCAUCAACAUCAAUUAGUACAACUUUAAACGCUUCCAAUGAGCCAACUAUAACCGGCAUUGAAAGCGGUGAUAAAACCAAUAAUAGUAACAUUAAUGGUGGUGAUAAUUUAAAUAAUAAAGUUAAAUUAGAAUGUUUGAAAACCAUUCCAUUGUAUAGUGAAGUAUGUUGUCUGAAAAGUAUUAAAUUAAUUGGUUCUAAACGUGAUUCACUUUUGAUAGCGUUUGCAGAUGCUAAAUUGGCUUUGGUUGAAUAUGAUCCAGCAGAUCAUGAUCUUAAGACUCUUUCAUUACAUUAUUUCGAAGAUGAAGACAUUAAAGGAGGUAGAACUCAAUAUCCACGAGCUCCUGUUAUUCGUGUUGAUCCUGAGGGAAGAUGUGCUGCUAUGUUAAUCUAUGGGCGAACAAUAGUUAUCAUACCAUUUAGAAAAGAUUUAGGUUCCAUUGAAGAAACUGAGACAACUACUGUUCCUGGAAUUGGUAAGGAAAAUAGUAGUAAUAAUAUUCCUGGUCCUGGAACAUCAUCUUCUCAACAAUCUCAAGUUACACCAAAUAAAUCAUUUGGUUUAGGAAAAAGUAGAACCUCUUCAAGUUCAUUAGAUGGUGGUGAUAAUACUAAUCAAGCCAAAUAUCCUGUGAUGGCUUCUUAUAAAUUAAAUCUUAAUGAUAAACAAUAUGCAGAGGAAAAGAUUCACAAUAUAACAGAUUUUCAAUUUCUAAAUGGUUAUUAUGAGCCAACAUUAUUCAUUCUUCAUGAACCUGUUCGUACUUGGGCUGGUCGAGUUGCAGUUCGUCGUGAUACCUGUUCAAUGGUCACCCUAUCAUUAAAUGUCCACCAAAGAGUUCACCCAGUAAUAUGGUCAACUAGUCAUUUGCCUUUUGAUUGUUUUGCUGCCCUACCGGUACCCAAACCUGUGGGUGGUGUAAUUAUUUUUGCUGUUAAUUCAUUAAUAUAUCUUAAUCAAAGUGUACCCCCUUAUGCUGUUUCUCUUAAUAGUUUUGCUGAUUCAACAACCGCUUUCACUAAGACAGUACAAAAGGGUGUUAAAUUAUCCCUUGAUUGUUCAAAAGCAACAUUUGUUAGCAAUGAUAAGCUUGUAUUAAGUUUGAAAGGCGGUGAACUUUAUGUGGUCACUUUAUUUAGUGACGGGAUGAGGUCCAUUCGAGCAUUUCAUUUUGAUAAAUCAGCUUCAAGUGUUAUAUCAAGUUGUAUGACUAUUUGUGAGGAGGGUUACCUUUUUUUAGGUUCUCGAUUAGGAAAUUCCUUGCUUCUCAAAUAUACUGAGAAAAUUGUCGAAAGUCGACCUAAGACGGCAAAAAAUAUUCCCAAUUCGUCGGCCAAUGAAGAUGAUCCUAUGAUGUGUGCUAGUUCACCGGUACCUGAGGUUUUAGGAGAAGAGGUUGACCCAGCAAAUGAACCGACUCUUUCACAGCCGAUAAAUAAUAAUAAUAAUAAUAGUUCAACAACAACAAAUAUCAAUGAAUCAAAUGAAGCUGAUUUUCUGAUGGAUUUUAUGGAUGAAGAAGAUGACAAAUCAAUUGUCACCUCAACCUGUGAACCUGCCAAUCAAUUGACCCAAGAAUCUGAUAAUAUGGACUCGGAAGAUGUUAAACCGUCCAAGGAAUUGCUGGAUCAAUCAUCAUCAUCAUCAUCACCUUUGGAAGAUAAUAUUGAGAUGGUGAAAGUGAAAGAGGAAAAAAUUGAUUCAGAAUUAACAGCAACCAAUGUUAAUAUUAUUAAUGAUUCUGUUUCUGUUUCUGUUUCUAAUCCUGAAAUUAAAGAUGAAUCAACUUGUAAUGAAGAUCAUCCUACCAAUGGUAUUCCGGAUUUUGAUGAUCCAUCUAAUGAUCAGUCAAAUGAUUCAAAUGAUUCUCCCAACUCUCCUGAUAGUCAUAGACGUAGUCCCGUUAAUCAAUUGCACAACGAAAGUACGGUAGACUCAUUGUUCAAUAACAAUUUGGAUAAUAGUAAUUUGGACAAUAAUACAAUGGAUAAUAGUAAUCUUUAUGGUCCAUCAGAAAGUCAAUCAAAUUAUGUUAAUGAAAAUGAUCAUCAAAUGACAGAUUUAGAUGAAUCUGAACAUCCGAUAAAUGAUUUUGAUGAAACGGUAAACGACAAACCAGAUGACAUUGGCGAUUGGGCUGCUGGAGAUGUCGCCCUGAUGAAAGAUCCAGAUGAACUUGAGGUCUAUGGUCCUGAAGAUGAUGACGAAGAACAACUGACCACAAGUUUCUCCUUCGAACUGUGUGACUCUCUAAUCAACAUUGGACCAUGUGGCCGAACUUGUAUGGGUGAACCAGCCUUUCUACCUGAAGAAUUUUCUCAAAAUUCAGCCGAUCCACAAGUGGAACUUGUUACCACUUCAGGUUAUGGUAAAAACGGUGCUCUUUGUGUCCUUCAACGAACAAUUCGACCUCAACUAGUGACAACAUUUGGUUUACCAAAAUGUAUCGAUAUGUGGACAGUUCACAGUCCAUCAUUAGGUGGAACAGUUAAUGAUCUCUAUAACGGAUACCAAGAUGGCGAUGAAAAAACUUCAUCCAAUUUUCAUUCCUUCCUAAUUCUUACCCGACCUGAUACAACUAUGAUACUUAAAACGGGCGCUGACAUCAAUGAAUUAGACCAUAGUGAUGUUUCAAGUCAAACUCCGACCAUUUUUGCCGGUAAUCUUGCCAAUGGUAAAUACAUCCUACAAGUUUCACCGAUGGCAGUUCGUCUUCUUGAAGGAACCCGACAAAUUCAACAUUUACCAUUAAAUCUUGGCUCACCAAUUGUUUUCUGUUCACUGGUUGACCCUUAUGCCAUCAUUUUGACCCAACACGGAGCUAUGGCACUUCUAACUCUACGAAUUGAUCCCGAAACAUCAAAUUGUCGGCUUGCAGCUUCACUUGUUUCUCUUACACCGAACAAGGCCAAAGUUUCCACCCUGUGUAUCUACAAAGAUGUUAGUGGCAAAUUUACUACUCACUCAAGUGAUACAAGUACCAACGAAAAUCAAUCUCAUGAUAAUUCAUCGAAAUCAGCUGAUGGUAAAGAAAAUGGUUUUGGAUCAUCAGAAUCUUCACAAGUUCCUUUAAUUGCCUCAACCAUUGAUGAUGAAGAUGAACUUUUGUAUGGAACUUCGAGCAUUGAAAUGAUUACAAAUCUUCCCGAUGUUGCACCAAGUGGAACGAAUUCCGUUACAAAUGAACCUUCGAUUUCAAGUCAACAAAAUACUGAACAACUAAUUUCUCCUAAAGUGAUUCCCAAACAGCCCGAAUACGAACCAACUUAUUGGUUAUUCACAAUUCGUGAGAACGGUGUUCUUGAGAUAUUUCGUAUACCUGAUGCCACUUCUGUUUUCUAUGUGAAAACCUUUCCAAUGGGAUGUAAAAUUUUAUCGGACAUGAUUCCAGGCGAUGAGGUGAAUCGAUCAGAUUCUGGUCUGUUACCCGUUGCUCGAGAAAUCUUGGUCACCGGAAUGGGUGUUUCUUGUUCUCGUCCCAUUAUGUUUGCCCGUUUUGAUUAUGAAAUUUUUAUCUAUGAAAUGUUUCCCUAUCACGAUGCUCAAACUCCAGGUCAUCUCCAGAUUCGCUGGAGGCGGAAAGAAAGAACGUUAAUUGUCCGUGAACCUCGUCUAAUUCGAACAACGGUAACACCGCCAGUUAACACUCGUGGUAAUGUUAACCAAUCAUCUUCCUCUCAAAGUACAACCGCUCAAAAUUCAAAUGAUUCGCCAUCAUCUCCAAACAUUUUGAACUUUGAGAAAAUGCACCAAAAAUGGUUCCGUCCUUUUAACGAUGUUUCCGGUUAUUCGGGAGUCUUUAUUUGUGGACCUUUUCCUCAUUGGUGUUUUAUGACCUCUCGAGGUGAACUUCGUAUCCAUGAAAUGAACAUCGAUGGUCCAGUCAUCUCUUUUGCACCCUUCCAUAAUGUCAAUUGUCCCAAAGGUUUUCUCUAUAUAAAUGCCAAAAGUGAACUUCGAAUCGCCGUUCUACCAACUCAUGUUACCUAUGAUGCACCUUGGCCUGUUCGAAAGGUUCCUCUUCGAUGUACAAUCGAUUUUGUCAACUAUCAUGUAGACUCUAAAUGUUAUUGUGUUACCACCUCGACCCAGGAACCUUAUAAUCGGGUUGUUCGCGUUGGCGGAGAGGAAAAAGAUUACGAUGUUCUUGAACGCGAUUCGAGGUACAUUUGGCCAACUAUGAAUCGAUUUCAUAUUCAAUUGUUUUCACCUGUUUCAUGGGAAAUGAUUCCUGGAACUAAAAUAACUCUCGAUGAAUGGGAACACGUUACAUGUAUGAAAAAUGUAAUGCUCAGUUCAGAAGGAACGGAAAGUGGCCUUAAGGGUUAUAUCGCCGCUGGUACAAACUUUUGCUACGGUGAAGAUGUUACCAAUCGUGGGCAAAUAUGGAUUCUUGAUAUAAUCGAUGUUGUCCCCGAAUUGGGUCAACCCUUGACUCGAAGUAAAAUCAAGGUUGUUUAUUGUAAAGAGCAGAAAGGUCCCGUCACCGCGAUCUGUCAAAUUCGUGGUUUACUUUUAAGUGCCGUGGGACAGAAAAUUUAUAUCUGGCAAUUAAAGGAAUCUCAGCUUGUUGGUGUUGCCUUUAUCGACACUCAGAUUUACAUCCAUCAAGCAGUUUCCAUGAAAAAUUUAAUCCUAAUCGCCGAUGUGUACAAAUCAAUUUCACUUCUUCGCUACCAAGAGGAUACCCGAACCUUGGCCUUGGCCAGUCGUGAUUGGAGAGCAUUUGAAGUUCACUCCUGUGAAUUUAUUGUUGACAAUAAUCAGCUGUGUUUCAUGGUCGCCGAUGGGGAUAAAAAUCUGCUCGUGUACAGUUACUCACCCGAAUCACGGGAAAGUGUCGGUGGAACUCGUUUAUUGCGUCGAGGUGAUUAUCACCUUGGCUCCCAUGUAAAUUGUUUUUUCCGUAUUCGUUGUAAAUAUCCAUCAAUCGUCACAUCUUAUUUCACUUUUGCAUCAUCUCUUUCACCCCAACAAUCAUCAUCAUCAUCUUCACAUUACAAAAAUACCUCUUCCAUUGCCUCAACCACUUCAACCUCAAUCACAACAACAAACAACAAAAACACCGAACCAGUUAUUGAUUUAAUCGAAGCCAAGAAAACAACUGAACGUCGUCAUGCCACCAUUUUCCCGACACUCGAUGGAACAAUUAACUUUAUGUUACCGGUAUCUGAGAAAAUAUAUCGUCGCCUAUUUAUGCUUCAAAACACCAUGAACGCUCAUGUCCAACACACCGCUGGGGUCAAUCCAAAAGGUGUUCAUAUGGUCAAAUUUUACAAGAAAUGUUUAGCUAAUCCUUGUAAGAAUGUAUUAGAUGGCGAUCUCCUUUAUCGUUUCCUUAACCUUUCAACUAUCGAAAAGGCGGAACUUUGUAGAAAGAUUAGUUCAACACCCGAUCAGAUAAUUGAUGAUCUAUCGGAAAUCGAUCUGAUAACCGGACAUUUUUAAGAUUGGAAGAUCCUAUCACCAGUUUAUCAGCAAUCAACUAAAUUACAGCUCAUUUACUUCGUGUAAAAACUGAUUACCUUUGUAAAAAUUAACUUUUUAUUCCAAUUUGAUGCUAUCGAUGUGGCUUGAUUUCUCUCUCUCUCUCUUUGUCAUUUUAAUUAACAAUUAGUAUGUUCAAUAUAUUUAGGAAAUUAUCAUCUUCACCUUAAACAUGUUUAAAAGCUGAUUUGUUUGUCACUCCUUAACUUUUCCUUCCCUUAAUUAUUUUCUUGUCACAAAAAUGAUAACAAUUAAGUAAACAAUCAUGAAACAAUUAACAAAAAUGAAUUAGUGAUCCAUAAAUUAUCAAUGAAACCGGAAAAACAAAUAAUUGUUAGAAAAACAGAAAAAAAAUUGAGAUCAAACCUAUUUAACUUUCUAAAUGAUGAACUAAAUUAAGUAUUGAAUAUAAACCAACAGAAACUUUAAUUGUAUUCGAGAUUUAAUUUUGAUUUUUAUUUUUUCUUUCAACAAAAAGUAAACAAUCUAAAUUCCCAUUUAAAAUAAACAAUCAAACGAAAACAGAA